AUGACUAAUAAUAAUAAUAAUAAUAAUGAGCCAAAUGUUGCCAAUUCUGGUCAACAGCACCAGAAUAGUGGAGACAAUAAGCUGUCAAAUGAGGCGAAAAUAGCCAUAAAUGGUGUGGAGUAUAUUAGAAGUGGUGGUGAAAUGCGAGUCGACAUCCAGGACACCCACACCACUGUCGAUGACGAGAUACCGGAAGAGGUGUGGGAACUGGAGUCGGAGCCCAGUGAGAAACCGGCCAUUGACUGUCCCCAAGACAUCACCAGAAUCUCAGCGCAAGAAUCGGAUUACAAUAACGACAAGACUAAUAAGAAAUCAUUUACACUGUGUUUCGGAUACAAACCCUCGCAGUUCAAGUGGUUUAACAUAUUCUGGUUGGUACUGAUUCACGUGGUGGCCGUCUAUGCCUACGGGUACGCCAUGUGGUUCCCAAUGAACAUGUUUACCAUCAUCUGGACCGUAGUCCUGGCCUGUGGCUCGGGGUUCGGUGCCUCUGCCGGCUCGCACCGGCUGUGGGCGCACCGGGCCUUCAAAGCCCGCUGGCCUCUGAAGCUGUUUCUGGUGAUCACAGAGACAAUGGCCGUCAACGGGAGCUGUUUCUCGUACGCCAGGGAUCACCGCAAUCACCACAAGUUUGUGGACACGAAUGCGGACCCCAAGAACGCCCGCCGAGGCUUCUUCUUCGCCCACAUCGGCUGGUGGUGUGUGAAGAAGAACCCGGAUGUCAUCAAAUGCGGCCAAAAGUUAACUCAUAAAGACCUCCUCGAAGACACGUUAGUCAUGUUUCAGCACCGGUUUUAUUACCCGAUGGUUGUGGUGUGGGGCGUGUUGUUCCCGGUGCUCGUGCCCUACUAUGGCUGGGGUGAGGACCUGUUGACCGCAUUCCUCGUGUGCAACGUCUUGAGGGUUGUCAUCACUUUACACCAUUUGUUUACCGUUAACUCUAUCGCACAUAUCAUUGGUAUGUCUUUUUGUGGUAAAAGACCGUACGAUAAGGGUAUCGGACCCACCGAAAGCAAACUGACCAUGUAUUUGAGUUUAGGGGAAGGGUCACAUAAUUAUCAUCACUCGUUCCCAAUGGAUUACGCGAAUUGCGAGAAGAAAUGGUGGGAAGUGUUCAAUCCGUCCACACUAUUCAUCGACAUCUGCGAGAAGUUAGGUCUGGCCUACGACCUCAAGAAGCCCUCCCAUCAAGUCAUUCAGGGGGUGAUCCAGCGUAAGGGCGACCCCGAGUACUUUGAACGCAAACUCAAGCGCUCGCUGUGCACCCGCAUAUGCCUGGGUAUUGUGGACUGGCAUAUGGGCCUAUUGGUGGCACUCUGGGCCGUAUGGUUGGCCGUCAUAUUCAAGUUCGCCACAUUCAGACCUGUAUUUGUCAUCACCGAUGAUAUCUACUGGCCCUAA